GACUGGAAACAUCCAAUAGCAAUGAAUAAUGAUGAGUGAAUAGAGAAGAGAGUAUUUAAUCAUUCCAGAUUCCUAUUCCUCUCCAUACAAAUCCCUUCUUCCACAACUACAGCAUGUAAAGUCAACCAACUCCCAUACUCUCUCACACAAUCAAUCUUCCAAUUGCUUCUCGACAACCAAGUUAUUCGAGCGCAUCAAAGUCUUAUCCACCAUGUUGCAAAUGAUCCAUACCGGACGUGACGAGCACCGAACCCGAGUAUCUGGAACAUCACACCCAUUCACGGCUGCGGAUCAUGCUUCCGAUGGCAAACGGCACCUCCUCCUAGCAGCCAGUGGAUCCGUUGCAACCAUUAAGAUCCCCAACAUCCUAUCCGCUCUCUCACAUUACCCCAAUCUCUCAAUCUGUGUGGUCCUUACCAAAUCUGCAACCAAUUUUCUUCAAGGUCAAAGCACAGAACAACCACAUAUCGAUACUUUUCACCGAUACGCCAACGUGCAAGGUGUGUUUUUGGACGAGGAAGAAUGGGUUCAUCCAUGGAAACGUGGUCAGAGUAUUUUGCACAUAGAGCUGAGAAGAUGGGCUCACAUGCUUGUUAUUGCGCCAUUGAGCGCCAACACGAUGGCUAAGAUUACAGGUGGUUUCAGUGAUAAUUUGCUUACGAGUGUGGUGAGAGCAUGGGACACUACCGGAGAAGUGGAAGUUUCUGCUCAGGGUGGUAUGGAUACGAAUGCGGAGACUGGUUUCGGUGGCAAAAAAAGAAUUGUUGUAGCUCCGGCGAUGAAUACUGCUAUGUGGAGACAUCCCGUAACGAAGAGUCAGAUUAAGAUCUUGGAGCAGGAAUGGGGUAUUGGUCCUGAUGGGGAUGAGGGCGAGGGAUGGUUUGAGGUUUUGCGACCUCAGGAAAAGGAGCUCGCUUGUGGAGAUGUAGGGGACGGAGCCAUGAAAGACUGGAAGGAGAUUGUGACAGCAAUUGAAAAGAGGCUAAAGUUGGAAGCAUAAUUGGAUCUGGGAGGUGAUAUGCUGGCAAUUUUUCUUCAAAGGAAUCUGACUUCUCCGAAUGGAGGACCGAUUCAUAUCUAGCUGUUGGGUGUGUCCAAAAGUGUCUUGGUGUUUUCAACAGGUUGCGGCGUAAAGUUGGCGUUCGGGAUAUGGAAUGGCAUCUGAUUUAAAGGUUAUCUCAGAAAACUUGGGCUUAUUAUGUCCAGCUUGAUAAUUCAUAUUUUCCCAUUACCCUGAUUGAGAUGUCUGAGUUGGACAUUGAGAAAUCAAAAUCAAGAUGAACAUUCA